AAAUAUAAUCCAUCGAGAAUUCUAUACAGCACAAAUCUAAUCACCCUCAAGCCCUACAUCCUCUGUCGCGUUCUCAUCAUGGGAGGUCUAGCCUUCGCAGAUACUGUGGCGGACUCUGGGCAACCAAUUAUUGUCCCCCGACUAUCUCUAGAACUGUAUAAGCAACUUUCCGCACGCUAUCAGCGCGAGCUAGAGACUAUUUUCGAGAAAGUUGUUAUUCCACGCGAGGCACCGGGCAAAGUAGACCAUGGCGAUAUCGAUUACUUAGUCGACGGACUCCGAUCUCCAUACACAGAGAGCAAUGUCUGGGACCUGAUACGCGAUCUUUUUAAGGCUGAAGCCCACAUACUGCGUGGCGGAUCAGCUUCAUACGCGGUACCGGACCCCGCGACGAUAGGAUUGUACGUCCAAGUAGAUGUUGAGCUAUGCGUAGGCCAUGGAACUUCUAAUAGUGCCGAGCUUUUCGAAUGGACACGUUUUGUCAAGAGCGACUCUGAUUUGCUGCAAAUCAUUGGAGUAUCUCAUCGGCCCUUAGGCCUCGUCUGCAACGACCAGGGCUUGCACGUUCGAGUACAAGAGAUAGAGCCCUACAACAAGAAAAAGGCUUUGCUAUUCUUAACACGAUCUCCGGAAGAGGCUCUGGAGUUCUACGGUCUUGAUGUGGCCAAGUAUCAGGCUGGGUUCACGGAUGAGAAGGAUCUCUUUGACUGGGCAUGUAGCGGGAGGUUCUUCGCUUGUGAGACUUUUCAGAGUCGCACUGAGAAACACAAUGAUCGAGCACGCCAAACGAAGAGGCCCAUGUACCGGCGGUUUGUUGAAGAGUACAUACCCUCACAUGCGGGCAAGGGCGCUUGCAAGGCUUGUACACGGGAAGAGGUGCUUCACGAAGCCAUCCGUGUCUUUGGAAAGCAAGCGGGGUAUGAUGCCAUGAUGGAAGAGCAUCAUCUCAAGACGGCAGAAGAAGAGCUCUGGAAGGAGAUCAGGGAAGCGGUGCCUGUACAGAGUAACUCUCUGGCUCUCAUCCUCCGAGGCUUGCGACGCUGGGUGGCUUUUGAAAACGGACGUCCCCUCAUCGCGAAGGAGCCAAAUCUGGCGGAACCUCUGGUGUGGUCCAAGUUUGUGUCACCCGACACCAGAGAUGUCGUGCUAGCAUGGGUGAAGGACAAUUAUGGGCAAGUCAAAAGCCUGGAGAAGGCGCGUGCAAGUGCAUCCAAGGAGGCCGCAAAGAAUAUCCUGUAGUGGAUAGCGCACCUGUAGGCGAGGAGGAUGGUAGUGUCCGCUCGGGUCCGUAUAAUCAAUCGCAAUCGCGCACGUUUCUCGCUGCAAGCCUGCGAAAUUUGCCGACUUGGUUUUCAUGACGUAAAGGCAUAUCUGCUAAGCCGAUGCUUCCCACGCGAUGCGGGCCUGGUCGAUGGAGUGGUGGUCCGACGUGGUUCACAGUGCAAAUUUUCAGUUUCGAAGGGGUAAUGGAAAGCAGUUUU